CUGCGAGCCACAGGGGAUGUGAGCGGCUUCUUCAAUGAUAUGAGCUUCUGUGAUGACAUGGAAUACUGUUAUACAAGAAAACAGUGAACAGGGUUCACAUCUUUAAAUCCUGUUCUUUUUUUUCUUUUUUUUUUUUUCCUCUCUGUCUCUCUCUCUCUCUCUCUCUCUGCUUGCGUCCGUCACUGAAAGCAUGUUUAAACGCUCGGAUGGAUUUAACGCUAACAAGUCAGAGAUUUUUUUCCCAGAGAUGGACGAUAAUACGUUUUGACAGAUCUGCCGAAAAUUAAGCAGGAAGGGUGGAGAAAAGAGCAAGGCAGAUAUUUUUUUAAAGAUUCUUCCUGGACCUUUUUUUUUUUUUUUUUCUCCCCUUUCUCUGGUUGUCUCUUCCUCCCUCUGAUCAUUGCAGCAGAGGACUGCGGAGGAGCAAAAGAGACAGAGCUCAUGCAUGCAGACAGGGGAACUUGCACAUCCUACCAUCUCGCUGAAAGCUACUUGGAUUCCUUCUCUUUCUGGCUCUUUCACUUGAAGAGAACUAAGACAUUGUAAGCCUGCCAAGGAUCUGGUGUCCACUGAAAAGGGAGAAGGGAGGGGGGGAGAAUUUGUACCACAGUGGGGUCUUUUUUAGAUUCGCACAUAAUUAGUGUUGGGGCACAAAGCGAGAUGCUGAAUGGAGAUUGUCAGCUUUUGGAUAGGGGUGAGUAGGACUCUUUUCGAAUAAGAUCGAUCAAUCAGCGACGACAGUUUUAUUUUUUUCAUCCCAUCUCCUUUCCACCCACUGCUUGAUAUCCAGCGUAAGAAAAGAGACUUGCUUUUUUAUUCUUCACCAUUUGAUUCCCUUGAUGGACUAAUACAAUAAAUACAUCACUGUCUGCAGCUCAAAUACGAACUGAUUAUUCACUAAUUAAAUAUGAUGUGAUGAACUUCAUCUGAUAGGUGCAAAAAUAAUAUCCACAGUGGUUCAAUGGACAUUUUCUCCCCGACAUCCCUGGAUAUUUAUGCUAAUGGAUUUCCUUCUAAUUGGACUGUACUUAAAGUGGCCACUGAAGAAGCCCCCUGGGUUGAUACUGUGUUCGUUGGGCAUUUUUCUCAGAACUGUUCCGUUGGUCGAGGGGGUUUGUCCAAAGCUCUGCCGCUGCGACAGCAAGCUGCUGUACUGCGAGGGGCUCAACCUCACAGACAUUCCCCGCAAUCUGAGCAGCGCCAUGGGCCUGUCUAUGAGAGAAAACAACCUGACCGAGCUGCGUGAAGGCCAACUGGCGGGUCUGUCACAGCUCACCUGGCUCUACCUAGAUCACAACAACAUUGACAUUGUAGAGGAGGGGGCGUUUGACAGGUUAAGACGGGUCAAGGAGUUAGACCUGAGCAGCAACCGGAUUGAGAGUCUGCCAAAUGGCACGUUCAGGCCCCUCCCAAACCUGCGCAUCCUGGACCUCUCCUACAACAGGAUCCAGGCACUAGAGCCCGACCUGUUCCAUGGCCUUAGAAAGCUCACCAAUUUGCAUUUGCGCUACAACGCUCUCAAAUUUGUGCCAGUGAGGAUUUUUCAAGACUGCAGGAGCAUGCAGUUUCUGGACUUGGGAUACAACCAACUGCAGAGUCUGGCACGAAACUCCUUUGCUGGCCUCUUCAAGUUGACUGAGUUGCAUCUUGAGCACAACGAGCUGGUUAAAGUCAAUUUGGCCCACUUCCCCCGCCUCACUUCUUUACGUACUUUGUACAUGCACAACAAUCGUGCCACUAUUGUUGUCAAUACCUUGGACUGGACAUGGCAUCUUUUAGAGAAGAUCGAUCUGUCAGCUAAUGAAAUUGAGUACAUUGAGCCGCAUGUUUUCGAGAGCGCACCCAACCUCAAGGUGCUGAUGCUAGACUCCAAUCGUUUGACCUCUGUGGACCAACGCAUCCUGGACUCCUGGUCAUCCCUGGACAGCAUCACCCUGGCAGGGAAUGACUGGGAGUGCAGUCGAAACGUGUGUGCCUUGGCCUCUUGGCUGAGUGCCUUCCGAGGCCAGCGUGACAAUUCCCUGCUGUGUUCAAGCCCUGACACUGCACAGGGCGAGGAUGUGUUGGACGCCGUCUACGCUUUUCAGCUAUGCGAGGAUCCCCCAAUAGAGGUAACCACAGCCGGCCUGUACGCCUCGACGAGGGACCUGGCCCAGGGCGGCUCCGUAUUCCUGGGCCCAUUCACUCCCAAUCCUUACGAGGGUGAAGGCAGUGAGGUGGUCACUAGCUCCUUCACUGUCACAGUGGGCCAUGACGACGUGGAGAGCACCAUGCAGAUCCAUAAGGUGGUGACUGGCACCAUGGCACUCAUCUUUUCUUUCCUCAUCAUAGUGCUCAUGCUUUAUGUGGCAUGGAAGUGCUUUCCAGCUGGAAUAAGGCAACUGAGGCAGUGCUUCAGCAGUCAGCGUCGUAAGCAGAAGCAAAAGCAAAGCAUGCAGCAGAUGGCUGCAAUUUCUACACCGGAGUACUAUGUUGACUAUAAACCCAACCACAUUGAGGGAGCUUUGGUAAUUAUCAAUGAAUAUGGCUCUUGCACUUGCCAACAGCAACCUUCUCGGGAAUGUGAGGUGUGACCCUGCUUUUUCAGUAAGUCUUUUCGUGUGAUUAUCUGGAUAUACAGUGAAUCCCUUUUUGGAUACAGUGGGGAGGGGAAAAAUGUGGGGACAGAGGGAAUAACUGGAUCUUCUGGACUCUUUUUACUUCACUGUGAUGUGGAAGGAAUUCGCUUUAUGUGGCUGACUAUUUUGUGGUGGAUUUACUGCUACUGCUAGCUACUGCUUAUCUGAAGUCACAGGGCUUAAUGUGCACCUGACUCUUGGACCUGUUGAUGUUCUACAGAAACACGGAGGAGUACAUUGUGGGCACUGAGGCUUUUCUCUCAUGGAUGGAUAUUUGAGCUUUAAUGUGUCUUUCUACUUCAGGACAUUUCAAUGUUGUUUAAAAAGGAACUGGGGACACACAAAGGAAGAAAAGAAGAAAAAAAAUAAACCAUUUGUAUUAUGGUACACACAAUAUUUGACAAGCAUUUAAAAUGUGAAAAAAAUAAUACAAAAAAAACAUGUUUAAGUUUAAUUCAAAUGUAAAAAGAAAGUCUAUGUAAAAUAUGUUAAAAGAAAGUGCAAAUGUGGACAAAAAAAUGAAGAGGAUAAUCUAUUUCUUUUGUAAACUACAGAAAAAAAAAUGUUUAAAUAAAUGAAUUGCUAUUCACAGUAAACUCAUUUGUACGUGAGAAGCCUGUCAGAGAGGAUGAAUGACAACAGACGCAGUCUUUGCGCUCGUGGACUGGAGAGCCAUGACUCUGCAGUGAAUCGAACCAAAAAAAAAAAAAA